AUGGCACAAACAUUUAUUUGACCAGAUCAGUGAGUAGCAGCAGCGGCUGCAGAGCCAGUACUGCUCCACCAGCGAGAGCCGAGUGCCGAGACUGAGAGCACCAUCCGGAUCACACUUUUCCUGGAGCCAUUUCCCGUUCGCGCCGAGUGUAGAAAGGGACGAGGCUUCAGCCGAAGAAAACGCCCAUCACACAGCUCGAUCUCGUGGCAUCCCAGAGACACCAGUAUAAACAUUUUGCCGGAUCGGAUCUUGGCGUGGGUUGUCGACCGGACAUACCCGGUUUUCUCCAAAAGCCGAGCCGGGGGCGGCCACUUGCGGCGAUUACCUCGUCGACCCUUUCGAGCUAGGAGGAACACGCCGCCAUGGGCCGUGCAAUGAGGUGGCUCAAGAGGGUGUUCUCCGGCAAGAAGGAAGGGAACAGGGAGAGCAAGGAGCAUAAUGCCGCGUGCGCCAGCGGUUGCAUCGCGCCGCCGGUAGAGAAGAGGAGGUGGAGCUUUGCGAAGCCGAGGAACAGCGUGGCUGAUGGCAGCCGGAGGCCCUCGGUGACCGCAGUAGUCGCCGGGGAGCUAUCGCAGGUUCGGCCGUGCAACUGCGGCAAGGAGCGCGAGGUCGAGGCCACCGUCAUGAUUCAGAAGGCAUUCAGAGGCUACUUGGCUAGGAAGGCACUGCGUGCUCUCAAGUCGCUCGUGAAGUUGCAAGCUCUGGUACGUGGCUACCUCGUGAGGAAGCAGGCCACCACGACUCUGCGCAGGCUGCAAGCGCUCAUGAGGCUCCAGGCCUCCUCGCACGCCCUCAAGACGGGAUCAUCCCGGAAAUCCACCGAACAAGAGCGGAUUGUUGUGCAAGAUGCGCGCGUUAAGCCGCUCAGGCUUCCGGUGGUGCAUCGCCGGCGGCUGUCCGACGGCGGGGACUCCGCCUUCGAGCGCAGCCCAAGGAUCGUGGAGAUGGACACGUGCCAGCUCCGCUGCCGGUCGUCACGGAUCACGAGCCGGUACUCCACCGACCCGCCGGCCUCCUCGCCGCUCCUCUACUUCCACAAGCCGCCGUCGCGCCUCCAGGAGCACGAGCCCCCGCACCCCAAGACGACCCACAACACGCCCCGCCUCGGCGCGUUCCCGGGCUCGCCGGCGGCGAAAGGGAGGCGCGCCGCUUCGUGCCGGGAGGCCAGCAGCAGCCCGCGCUACAUGGCGGACACGGCCUCGUCCGUGGCGCGCACCCGGUGCCAGAGCACGCCGAGGCAGCGGCACGGCGCGCACGCGGCACAGGCGGCCGAGCCGAGGCCCAGCCUUGGUCGCUCCGGCUCGAGGAAGCAGGCGCAGCCGCCGCUGCUGCAGCCGCAGGACAGCUUCAGCUUCAAGAGCUCGGAGGCCAGCCGCGUGGAGGGCUCGGAGUUCAGCGACGAGGUCACCAGAGACUACUACCUGGACCGGCUCUGGUGAUUCUGCCAUUGCACCACUGGUUUAGGAGAAGAAAGUACAACAUUUUGGUACAUAUUAGUAUUAGGAUCAAGAAGGUUUAGAUCAUGGCAAGAUAUCAUUAGACCACUAGUAUGACUACUAAUCUACUCCUAUGUAGCUCAAGUAUGGGGCAUAUCCAAGGAAAUAUCGUCUGUUCUACCUACUACUGACCAUUUGGAAUUGGAAAAAAGAAGCCACAUCUUGUGCAGCUGUGAACUUGCGAUUGCUUGCUUCAGUUCUGAUACUGUACAAGUGCAGCUUCAAAUUUCAAUUGCUCAUAUGGAGAAUCUGAUGCCGACGUCUAUUGCUCGAUCGUACAAAGGGCAUGAAGCAUUGGAUAUUGUAACGAAGGAAAUGAAUGGUUGGUAUACGGACAAGCUCCUGCGUUCUGUGUACCGGGAAAUCCUUUGCAGUGAAGGCAAGGUUCUGGUUGUCUGGUACAGCUCCUCCCAACUGCAUUGCUUUAUGGAUCGCUUAAAUGUUGACGUGCCGUUCUCUGAUGUGAAGUAUCAGGCAAGGAUCGUGAAAAUAGUACCACUAUUAGUGAAUCCGUACCAGACUACUAGAGCAUGGUUGCCCUUGCAAGUUUUCGUGUAAGGCGUCUGUUGAGUGUAGACAUGACUGGGUCGGUUUGCAAGAAAUUCAAUGCAUCUGCAUGUUUGUAUGGUGAGAUGAUAACGUCUGUUUCAGUCGUCUGAAUUUUCUUCUGAUUAGUGUGACCAACUGGCCAGUAGCCGAAUAUCAUAGUGUACCAAAGAUGUUGAAAACA